AUGACUAUUUCUUUGAACAUCCACGAAGCGAAAUUACAAACUCAACUCUCCCGGGAUACGGCGAACGAUAAUCUAAAGAAGAACCUCGCAACGACGUUCAACCUACGCAUCAGGAGCCAUUCACCACGCUUUCUUCGCUGUGCUUCUGCUGGCUAUUGUCGUUUGCAUGUCAUCUGUACGAGUAAGCAUACAUUGACACUUCACUAUCUUUCUCUUAAAAUACUUCAAUAUUCACGCUCUCAGGAAGGUAUAAACUCUCUUGCUUUCACAAUGGCCCCACGAGUGCUUUUUUCAGAGGCUAAACUCCGCUUUCAAAAGGGACGGAAAAGGCUUGAGCCUGCACUCAAGCAGAAUAGCAUUCGUUAUUUGAAGAGCGGGGAUGAUCUCGAACGUGGGCACCAAAAUAAUGAUGACAUUACCAGCGAUCCAAAUGUGCAGGCAAAUGAGAGGCCCGAAUGUAUGAUGACCAGUAGCGCGGGUCCAGCUCCUAGAGAUGCUUUUGCCGGGAAAAAUGCAGACAACCAGGAAGGGGAACAACAGCGCCACAGACAUCGUAAACGAAAGCGUACUCAACCACUUGGAAUUCCACCAACGUAUAAACCGAAGCUCGGCUUGACUCGAGGUGUAGGAAUCUAUGUGAAGAAAUGCGUCAAAUAUGAGGCGGAAGGCCUUGCAAAAGUACGCGGCGAAAAGAACGACGAGCGCAUUGCAACACGGGGAAGAAGGCUGAAUUCAACGCUACCUCUCAUAAAGAAGGAGGGGAAGGUCAAAGUCCUAGCCGGGCUGGGAAUGGUGAAGAACCCUCAAGCUGUGGAGGAGAAAGACGAGAGGCCAAAAAAUACCCGCAACAGCAGGUACGUGUACCCAGCUGAUACCCCAGUUGACGAACCUAAUGCCGGACGCAUGCCUUCGAACGGUGAAGCCAAGUCCCGCUCUUCCGAUGUCAUUCCAAAGUUGACAAUCCUGUCGAUUGAUGGGGAUUUUGAAUGCAUCGCUCACAUCUGUAGCAAAUCAAUAAAGAGUUUCUCUUGUUUCUCCUUCCUCAUGUCUAGUAAAAGUUCGCAAGAUCAGCGACUUAGAACUGGGCUAGCCUCGCCAGUGAAGUUUAGCAAAACCAUAAUUAGAGAGGAUAACCUUCACCUCGGAGGCGGCCUCGAAGAUGCAGAGGCUCGCCUAAAGAGCAUCAACGAAUGUGGGACGCAAAAGGAGAUCUGA